AGACAAAAUUAAACCUGAAAAAUUCCCAAUUCACAAAAGCCUCAAGCUUUCCUAUCGUCCCUCUCCUGCGGAUGCGCAAAGAGACUUCGGAUUGAGAGCAACUUUCAGUCUUGUGUUUAUAGAGGAACAUGGCAACCUCUCUCUUAUCUCAGCUCUCUGCUCCAACUCCUGAAAUGGCGAGUCCCUCGACUGGGUUCCCAAAAUCCUCUUUCCUCUCUAACACCAAGCUUGUCUUCUUAACCAAUCCAAGAAAACAGAGACUGGUUCAACAGAGAUGCUACAAGCCCCCUUCUGCAUCAGGGAAGUCUUUCGACCACAUACCCAACCAGUUCAGACAAGAAAAUCUCAAGGAUGGAGUGAUGGAAAAUUACAAGAAUGUACCACGACAUCUUUAUGGCCUUACUCCUUCACAACUGGACAUGUUCAUGACUGAAGAUAAUCCUGUCCGUCGACAGUCAGAAAGUGUUACAGAGGAAGGCAUCUCUUCUCGAAAGAAUUACUUGGAUCAUGGAGGAAUGUACAGUGUAUCAGGCAUGAUGGAUAGUGGUCCUUCAAAAUACAGCAUGAGUGUAAGCAUGUACCGUGGAGGAAGCAGAGGAUAUGGGAGGCCUAGGAGUGCUCCUCCUGAUUUGCCUUCUUUGCUCUUAGAUGCUCGGAUAUGCUAUCUGGGAAUGCCAAUUGUACCAGCAGUCACUGAGCUUCUUGUUGCUCAGUUUAUGUAUUUGGAUUAUGAUGACUCUUCAAAGCCUAUAUAUCUUUACAUAAACUCAUCUGGGACACAGAAUGAGAAGAUGGAAACUGUUGGUUCUGAAACGGAGGCAUAUGCGAUUGCUGAUGCCAUGGCUUAUUGCAAAUCAACUGUCUAUACCGUGAAUUGUGGCAUGGCAUAUGGUCAAGCAGCAAUGCUUCUAUCUCUAGGUGCCAAGGGUUAUCGUGCUUUACAGCCAAACUCAUCCACAAAGUUGUAUCUGCCAAAAGUUAACAAAUCAAGUGGGGCUGUGAUAGAUAUGUGGAUUAAGGCCAAGGAACUUGAUGCAAAUACUGAGUAUUACAUUGAACUGCUAGCAAAGGGAACUGGAAAGACAAAGGAAGAAAUUAAUAAAGACAUCCAGCGACCUAAAUAUUUCAAAGCACAAGAAGCUAUAGACUAUGGCCUGGCAGAUAAAAUAGUCGACUCAAGCGAUGAUGCGUUUGAGAAGCGGGAUUAUGAUGCAUUGCUUGCUCAAUCAAAAGCCAUGAGAGCAGCAGCUGCUGGACCGAGAGCAGCUCCUUCAGGAUUUAGGUAAUUAGGAAGUAGUAUAAUACGGCAAUGUGGAGGAAAUUAUCAAGGAAGUUUAUGCAGUUGAAUGUGGAGCUAGUUACUAUGACUGGGUAGGCCUUCUUCUUCAAUGUUCUUGUUUCUUCAUGUAGAUAGCCAAUGUGUAUCUGGGGCAAAGGUCUAUAUAAAAUUUACAUGUGUAACAAAGGGCCUUUCAUGAUAAGUGCUGUAAGCCUGUAAUGCAAGCACCUCCAUGCUUGAUCUUCCGGUUGCUUUUAAUAUAAUUUUGCUUUUUUUUUUU